ACAGGAGGAGGUCAGUGAAGAAGAAGGACUGGAAGAGCGCAGAAGGACCCCCAUCUGAAAAGCCACCUCCCCCUUCUGCUUAUUUACCAACAAGGAUUUUGCCCGUUCAACUCUGUCAGCAGAUCUACUGUGAGGAAAGCAACCCGUCGACCGUGGCACACCGGGCGCUAAAUGAGCACAAGAGCCACCAAACUUGGAUUUGGGCUCAAAGUGGAGAAAAAGACGCACCGACGAGCGCGCACUUACCGGAAAAAAGUGCACACAGGCCGUGACCGUUGCCUUACUCAAUGCAUACCCUUUGUGCCCGGGGAACCAUGAAACCAGAAAUCAACGCUGCCGUGGGAUUUUUGUCGAGAUUUCUGCGGGUAAAAGGACACGUAAACGAUCGACAAGUCCAAACAUUCAGCCAGAGCCUACAGGACAUUUUGUCAGAACAAUACAAGCACCACUGGUUCCCAGACAGGCCCUGCAAAGGUUCAGGGUACCGCUGCAUCCGCAUCAACCACAAGAUGGAUCCUUUGGUGGGGCAGGCAGGCCAGCGCAUCGGCUUGACCAUCCAGCAACUCUACCUGCUGCUGCCCAGCGAGCUCACGCUCUGGGUGGACCCUUUCGAGGUGUCCUACCGCAUCGGUGAGGACGGGUCUAUCUGCGUCCUGUACGAGUCACAGCCUGUGCCAACAGUCAUGCAAGGAACGGUGGUCGCCAGCUCACCCUCAGGGAGCGGCAGCUCGGGGAGCCCCAUGGUGGACAGCCACAUAAGCUGCAAGGAGGAACUGAUGGUGUUGGGCAGAGCCAGUCCCUCCAAAACAUACAACAUGAUGACUGUGUCCAGUUAAAUGGUGCACACUUUUUGCCGGGCCUACUUAGCGUUCAGGGUCACACCUUGGUCAGUCAAAAUGAAUUUGACUGGAUCAGGGUGAGCCUUUUUAAAAGCUAAGAAUAUGAAAUGAAACAAACAAAUGAAAAAAAAAAACAGAGGAUUUGCCCUAUCAUCCAGGUAAUGGAAACCUUGUAGGUUUUAUAUACCCCCGCGUUAUCUGUUUUGUUGUGUCAUUGGAUCAGCUGAGUACUCAAUUUUUUUGAGUCCUUAUGGAGAGUGAACUGUUAGGGCAGCUACACCACCUGACCAGGACCACCCCCCCCCCCAUCCACCACCCAACUGUAAACACGGUGAUCAGCUUCAUCCCUAAAGGGUCUGUCAGCAUUGACUUUGCACUUUUCUUACUUGUGGUUACUAUGGGUACAUGUGAAAUACACCACAGCAAAAAGAAACAAAAAAAAACCGCACCAAAUUGAACCAAAUUUAUUCAGAGAAUUAUCCCCCUUGAUAGUCAAAGUUUGAUGUUUUCUUUUUGAGGAGGAAGUUGACCGAAGACCGAAUUUUCUGUACAAUCCAAUUUCGGACCACAGUGAAGCUUUACCUGUUAGAGAUUGAAGCUAACCUGGACUCCCCUUCUCCCAGAAACUCAACCUACUCCUGGCCUAUGUCUAAGUGGCAAGUGCUUGCGACAACUGUUACCUAUGGCUACCAGUGUGUCAGCUGCACUCCCAUAAACCAUAUGUGUAGCUUUCUGGGGGAGGGCAGAGGUCUUUCAUUUCCCCUUCAAGUUAAUGAAUGUUGAAAUUCACAAUCAAGUUUCUGUGUCUGUCCCCUUUUUCUUCACCGUAUGAUCUCCUACUUCGCCAAAUUGCAAAGUGGAGCAAAGAAGGAAGGGGCAAUUCUAUCCAAAUCCGUUAGAAUUGACAUUGAAUGCACUUUGACAUCUGAUUGUGCGGGAUGUUUUUUCUUUUUUUGUUUUUUAAUCACCUGCGUUCCAUCCAUUCAAAUGUCAUCUUUUCACCAUUUUUACCCGGCCUCCUUAUUUGCUUCUGUUUAUACUGUAGCUCCCUGGUUGGAAUAGACGGCUGUCUCUCCAACGGGGAGUGUGAGACUGGAUUUCAAAAGCAUUUUUUUUUUUUACACUGUAUUUGUGAGCAUUUUAGAGCUUUUGAUUGGAGAUAGGGGAUGUUUUUUGGUGGUAGGCGAGAAGUUGUGGUGUUCACGUGGCACUGUUCAUGAAGCUGUUAUAUACAGCAGGUUUAUUCCGAGGUGUCUGGACUAAUUGACGGGCAGGGAGCACUGACUUGUUUUUGACUUGAAUUUUUAAAGCAACACCAGGCCUUGUCAGCCUUUUUAUUUCACAUCGGUCAGUGAUCUCCGAGGGCCCUUACUUUUUAAAAGGGAAGUCCUUUUAUAAGCUUUGGAGGUACAUUUGUCUGACCUCUUCUCAUGAAUUAUGAGCCAUUAGCGAUUUCUAAGUGUUCACCAGAAAACGUGGUGGUCUUGACUGCCCACAGAAACACAAACACACACAGCCUGGCAGCUUUGCCCUCCCCACGCCCAAUUCGAGUGCCUCAACUGCCACAUAUCAACCCCCAGCUCAGACCUCCCUUACAGCCAACGCCAGCACUGCUAGACAGACACCACCACCCCGACCCCACGUAUCCAGGUAGACUUAAUGUGACACAUAUCACCAUACAUCCCCACCCAUAGUGGAGUCAGCAAAGGAAUGCCAAGAUAUGGGCGGUCUGUUUUGUGGUGGAGGAGCGGGGCAGUGCCAGAGCCGGACUCUUGUCCAGGGCAGCUAAAAUCCCUCUGGCUCUACUCACUCAGAAAGUGGUUACCAUCCCUAUCCAGACAACUUCUGCCCUCAGUUUGCAGUGACAGAUAAAUAAACCAGCAGACACACACACGUAAACAAAUGGAGUGGGGGCGGGAGGCGAUAAACUCUGAAGACCAGAUGAAUAAUUUAGGGUACCAUAGCGUUGUUGUCUCGUUUUCAUUUCACUGGAUUGCGCUACAUCUAAUUACUGAGUCGCAUCAUUGUUUACAUGCAUAUGAAAGAUGUGAUGGCUGCACCCAAAACCGGGUUCUGGGGCUGUAUUUGUCACAGCAGGCUGGGCGAUUUUAAGCUCCCCUAAGCCUGAAAGGAUCACGAGUAAUCGAGCUAUAGCCUUUGACGCACUGCACCCCGUAUUUGCCUCACGCUCUGCUGAUACACCCUUCAGUACUGUGUGUGGCAGGGAAAAAAAAAAAAAAAAAAAAAAAAGCACAAUUCUAUGUUGUGUUCAAGAAGAGCAGCUGGUUAAGUUUCCACCGCUGUCUCUUUCCCAUAGAUCUAACACGAUAUGAUAGUUGUAUUUUAUGGUCACACUGGUAGAUUUUCCCCCUCCUCUUCUUAAGAAGUUUGAAGACCCACAAUUUAAGAAAACAACCAAAUCCCCUUUGACGCCUUCUCAACCGUUACCACCACCAACAGAAAAUGGCUUACAUCCUCAGUAGGGGUAGCGAUUUCAAUGGCAUCCAUUCAGCGUGUGCGGACAUAGCUUUCAGAAUUGUCGUAGAGUGCUUGGAGUUAAAAAAAAAAAAAAUUAAAAACAUAAAUAAAGAUUUUAAAAUAGCACAUUAAAUGCACUAAAAUGUCAAAACAUUUUCUUCUGGAGACGCAAGUAGUCUCACUUGGAAUGUAUUGCCAAACUCAGGCCUCGGAUAUUCAACAAAAGACUUAUGAAAAGCUUGUUAAGUGUGUUAAGACGUAAUACAGAAAGGGAACAAAUGUUUUUUUGUUGUCAAUAUUGUCAUCAACUCGAUCAAUUAUUGCCACUUUCACAUUUGGGGUGCUUUACAUCUUGUAAAAUGUAUUGUGACUACAAGCAAUGGUAGAGUGCAUAACAGUACACAUGGGAAGUGCCAAUAAUUAAGGUGUUUAUUUUUUCAAUGUGUUCCUUUUUGUAAGUCAUCUUUUAACAUGGGUAACGCUUACUGUAAGUGAAGCCAUUUUUGAAGAAAGUGUUGGCAAGGACCAAAGUUGUUUUGGUUUUUAAGGACUAGUUUCCAAAAUCUGUAAUCAUAGACUUAUCCUUUGUUUAUUUUUUAUUUACAUACAAAAGCAAAAAAAAAAUUACAAAAAAAAAAAAAAACAAAAACUUGAGCUUACCCAAGAAAAAAAGCUUGUGAUCUCAUGUCAUCGUUAUCUUGAGUUUUAUUGUUUUUUUUGUUUUUUUCUUUCCUUGGGUAUGUUGUGAUGAACUGCUGUAAAUUUGUACAGUUCAUGUAAAUUGAUUGUGCCGAAGUUGUACAGAUUUCUAUAUUUUGGAAGAGAGUUUUUUCUCUGUAAUAAAAGAUUUCCUAUCUUGGCAUCAUAUA